AAAUAUCAACAAGUCAGUGUCAAUUGUCAAAAUAGCCGACUGUGUUUUCGAUUCAUAAAAUAAAAUGUAAUUAUAGAUAGAAAUAUGGCGUUAUUUAUGAAGCAGGACUUUUCUCCGCCCAUCCUGUCAAAAAAAUGGAUCGCUAUAAAAUUUAGACCAAAUAUGUUAAUUUACAGUCAUGAGAAUAUAAUAGCGAUACUCGAAAGUGGACUCCUCUUCCGGGAGGACAGUGUUGAGGUAGAGCAAGAGGCGCCCUGCCCGGAGGUGGCGUGGAGGCACGCGGGGGGCGGGGCGGGGGGCUGGCUCACGAGGGGGGAGAGGAAUAGCGCUAUAGGGGCGAUCGUCGCGUGCCUUGUGGUCGCGCCACCGAGGAACCUAAACAAAUGGACUCUGAUACGCGUGGCGUGUCUCGCACUCGCCCCGCUAGCAGUGCGCGGCGCGCACCGCGCGCGCUGCCGCGGCAGCCUGCGCGCGCUGCUCGGCGCCAUGCGCGAGUACAUGGCGCUCGCGCGGCGGGCGACCGCCUGCUGCAGGGAGUACGCGGCCAUGCACGCGCAGCUAGUAUCAGUAACAUCAGCAAUAGAAUCCACACACGCGAUGCUGUGUCGCCAGCAGAAAGAACUUCUCCUGCUCAUGUCGCGCGCCACGUCAGCGCUUCUGGGCAACAUACCUUGGCUAAGGGGUGACAUCGCGCUGGAAUGCGAGACGGACAGUCUGAUGAAAAUCCAUCACGCCUUCCUCGUGGUCCAAUCCACACUACUAAAACAUAUCGCCCUCGCCCAUUACAUACCGUCGCAGGCGCAAAAACUAUACAAAAAUCACAACGAACGUAUAUAUUGGAUACACCACACGCUCAUAGACAAUCUCAUCAUAGAAUUCAAAGAGAAUUACGAAUCCCUAGAACGCAUGUAUCGAUUGCUCAAGAACUAUGGGACAAAAGACAGUGACAGUGCUCUGAAAAGGCCAGGUUCUGCCAUCAAAGAAACGUGGCUUUAUUCAGACAUACAUACAGGUGUCGCCAGGGCUUGUUUAGAACUGAAAUUGGCACUUAACAAAUGCAACGACCUAGAUAUGUUCUUAGAUUCAUGCGCAUUAAAUAAGCAAGCAUUUGACUUAAAUGUUCUGAAUAAGGAUAUCGAUGCUAUAAUCGACGGUAUAGCCAACUGUUUAAGCACAAUGCAAAACUCUCAAAUUCGUUUGAAGAAAUUGCAAAAUAAGUUUAAAGUGGAUGAUCCAAAAAUUGAAGAAUCGGAAGAACACGUGGAAGACACGGCAAUUUUAAAAAUAGAACAAGUCGAACCGGAAAUUAAAGAUGAAGUUUUUUAUUUCGUUAAAACAGAUGACGACGAUAUUGCUCAGCCAGUUGCAGAUGUUGUGACAGCUCCUGGCCGAAAAGAAAAAGAAACGACGAAGAUGGUUUUGAAUGAGUUAAAAAGGAAACUGGUAAAGCGAGAGGAUUUAAUGAGGGAAAGAGAGAGGCAAGCGCUGGCUAAAACAAUGCCGGAUUCGAAAAACGUGCCAGAAUUCCCGAGACAGAUCAGCUUGCAGGAUUUCGUUGAUCGAAAAGGUUUUAUAUCCAAAAUCGAAAGAAAGCAGCGAAAAAAAAUUAAAUCAAAGAAAACUAAAAAUGCAAAAAACAAGUACAGAUUAAAAGUUUGUAAAUAUAUUGACGAAACGGAUAUCACUGAUGAUAUGUAUGAGGCAAACGCGAAGUUAAAUGUAAAAAAUCGCCUUAUUACUGUAGGAAAAGAUAAAAAUAGCUUUAUUUUGAAUAAAUGGGUUAAGAAAAUCGCAAUUAUUAAUAAUGGCUUGGACUCUAGUGGUCUUUCAGACGGUCUCAGUGACGUUGAAUCGGAUGCUGUUAACUUAAAUGUAAGAAACGUGAAUCAAAAUAAAAACGAAGCAAUAAAUUAUAAAUUUAAUAAGAAAGAUUUAGAUCUGACUUCGUCGUCAUCAGACAGUGAAUUUGAUAUUGAAAAUAACGGUUUGCUUAAAGAUGUAAGACGCUACAGAGCUACCCGGAAAAAGAAUUUUCCCGCCAAGCGAGCUUCCAUAGACAAGGAUGUAGAUGAAAGCAUGAAGCCCAUAGAGUAUAGAUUCGGGACGGGCAUGGCGAUGGCGUCCGUGCUGCAGAUAAAUAAUAAUUCUAGGAUGCCAAAUAUGGCUGCAGAAGAAGUUUUUAUUGGGAAUGGUGAAGUAUCAGAUGAUAGUGGUAACGAUGAAGAUGCUUAACUAGGUCUUAUUGCAAAAACAGUUAAUAGUCGUCAAAUUGGCGCAUAAAUAUGAGAUAUUUUUGAAGUUAAAUAUAUAAUUUUUGUAUACGCCUGUUGAGCGAGUAGUUUUAAUCAUUGCAUUUUAUUUAAAUUAUGAUUAAAAAUAAAUUGAGCUCAUAUUUUAAUUUUAAAUAACACAUAAUCUGAGAAUUCACAGUAAAAUGAUUAUAAAAUUAGCUAGUCAAUGAUUGCAUGAUUAUGAAUUGGUUGUAAAGUAUUAUGAUUUUAAGUGCAAAAUAUGUUCUUAUUAUAUUAAAUAAAUGAUAAUGUUUUAA